AUGAACCGGCUGGGGCGGCGGGGAACAAGUUCGGCGACCGGCCGGGCUGGUGGCCGUACAGGGCCACCAGCGGCAGGAGGCCGAGCGGUCAGGCGAGGGUCCGAGCAGGUCAGGCGAGUGUCCGAGCAGGUCAAACGAGGGUCCGAGAAGGUCAGCCGAGGGUCCGAGCAGGUCAGCGGGGGGGUCCGAGCAGGUCAGCGGUCCGAGACAGGUCAGCCGGGGGUCCGAGAAGGUCAGGGUCCGAGCAGGUCGGGGUCCGAGGCAGGUCAGGUCCGCACAGGUCAGGAGUCCGAACAGGCAGGCUCGUCGCAUGGCGGGGCCCCGCGGAGUGCCGCGGGCCCACGCAGGCCGGGCAGGCGAGGGUCCGAGCAGGUUCAGGCGAGGCCCGUCCGAGCAGGCAGGCGGAGUUUCCGAUUGCAGGUCAAACGAGGGUCCGAAGAAGGUCAGCCGAGGGUCCGUUUAGCAGGUCAGCCGGGGUCCGAGCAGGUCAGGGUCCGAGCAGGUCAGCCGGGGUCGAGCAGUCAGGGUCCGAGCAGGUCGGGGUCCGAGCAGGUCAGGGUCCGCACAGGUCAGGAGUCGAACAGUUCAGGCUCGUCGCAGGGGGGGGCCCGCGGGUGUGCCGCGGUAUGA